AUGUCCUCCUGCAACGUCCUCCAAAACCCAUCUUUCGAGUCCGGCUCGCUGGCUCCAUGGAAGGCCACUGUUGCAAACUCCGUCACCGUUUUGAACUCCAGCUCAGGCACCCCAGCUGCCGACGGCUACUCCUUCGCCCAGAUCAAGACCGCCAUUGAUAACGGCGGCCGCUCUUUCUACCAGAAUAUCAAAGACCUGAAGCCUUCCGUCGAGUACACAUUCGAUGCUCAGAUCCAGGUUCCCUGGGACUCGCCGGCCAGCUACUGCGCAGUCUACGCCUACAUGGGCCACAACGUCACCUUCACUGGCCCCAGGAAGGUCGCCCACGCCGACAUCCAGGAAACACAGCUGGGCAUUUGGAUGUCCCUGAACGGCACCUAUACCCCCAAAACAUCACACGGCGUCCUGAGCAUCUUCGGAUACUGCGACUUGGAAGAUCCGUCCAUCACCUCCGAAGUCUUCGUCGAUGCUGUCAGCUUUGCUCCCACCCAGUGCUAA